CAGACAGGUGGACAGACAGACAGGUGGACUCCUCUCGGCUCUCUGCUCCUCUCAUGGAGAAACGUUUCGUCCUCCAGAAGCAGAAGCAGAUCUUUCCAGGUGUGUGAGUCGGACAUGAGGCUGUGCGGAGGAGGAGGAGGAGGAGGAGCUGCUGCUGCUGCUGCUGCUGCUGCUCGGCCGCUGCUGCUGCACCGACCCCGGCCGGACAGUGUGUCGGGGAAUGAAGAACUUCCUGACGUUGUUGGGGACUCCUGAUAUUCACUAUGAGAACAUGGUGAAGAUGUACACCAACUGCUCCGUGGUCCUGGAGAACCUGGAGGUCACCCACACCCAGCAGCACCAUGACCUGUCCUUCCUCCAGACCAUCGAGGAAGUGGGCGGCUACGUUCUGAUCGCCAUUAACGAGGCCGACAUCCCGCUGGUCAAUCUGAAGCUGAUCCGAGGCCAGAACCUCUACGAGAACCAGUUCGCCCUGCUGGUGAUGUCCAACUACAACCAGAACCACUCGUCUGCAACGCUCAACUACACCAGCGGGGUGAAGCAGCUGCUGCUCAGCAGCCUGACGGAGAUUCUGAAAGGAGGCGUGAAGAUGACCCACAAUCCUUUGCUGUGCAACGUCGAGACCAUCCAGUGGUGGGACAUCCUGGACAAAGACAGCAACUCCAGCAUGCUUUUCAAGACGGACACCUUCACGCGUACCUGUGAGAAGUGUGACCCCAGGUGUGUUAACGGCUCGUGUUGGGCUGCCGGACCGGAUCACUGCCAGAGAUUCACCAGGCUGCCGUGUGCCGAGCAGUGCAGCAGGAGGUGUCGCGGCCCGAAACCCAGCGACUGCUGCAACGAACACUGUGCAGCCGGCUGCUCUGGCCCUCGAGCCACCGACUGCCUGGCCUGCAGGGAUUUAAACGAUGACGGGACCUGUAAAGACGCUUGUCCACCUCUGACACUCUACGACCCCAAGACCCACCAGGUGGUCAACAACCCCAACGCCAAGUUCACCUUCGGGGCGACCUGCGUCAAGGCCUGUCCACAUAACUACGUGGUGGCGGGAGGAUCGUGUGUUCGUACCUGCAGUGCUGGGAUGUACGAGGUGGAGGAGAACGGGGUCCAGCGCUGUAAAGACUGCGAUGGUCCCUGUCCUAAAGCCUGUGACGGCGUUGGGGUCGGCACUCUGAUCAACACCAUAGCCGUCAACGCCUCCAACAUCGAAUCCUUCAGGAACUGCACGAAGAUCAUCGGGGACGUCUUAAUCAUCACAACCUCCUUCAAUGGCGACCCGCACUAUAAAAUCCCGCCCAUGGACCCGGCUAAACUGGAGUACUUCAGGACGGUGAAGGAGAUCACAGGCUUCCUGCUGAUCCAGUUUUGGCCGGAGAAUCUGACCUCUCUGUCAGUGUUUGAGAACCUGGAGAUCAUCAGAGGAAGAACAACCCACUCUCAGUACAGUUUGUUGGUGAUGUGGGUGAAGAACCUCCGCUGGCUGGGUCUGCGCUCUCUGAAGGAGGUGAGUGCCGGUCAAGUGAUAAUAAAGGGCAACUCUCAGCUCUGCUACAUCCGACCCGACCAGUGGACCCGCCUCUUCCGAUCCAGGGACCAGACUGCCAAAAUGCUCAACAACGCUCGCCCAGACGUCUGCGAGCAACAGAAUCGAACCUGUGACCUGGAGUGUACAGAUGAGGGCUGUUGGGGUCCAGGUCCCGCCAUGUGUGUCUCCUGUCGCCGUUACAACCGUAGGGGGCGCUGUGUGGCGCUCUGCAACCUGCUGCAGGGCGAGCCCAGAGAGGUGGUGGUGAACAGCAACUGUGUGGAGUGUCACCCAGAGUGUCUGCUGGAGACCGGGAUCCAGACCUGCAGAGGACCGGGUCCAGACCAGUGUUCCCAGUGCGCCCACUUUAAAGACGGCCCCCACUGCGUGCCGCGCUGCCCCCACGGUGUGCUGGGAGGCGGAGACACGCUGAUCUGGAGUUACGCCGACAGGACCGGCCAGUGCCAGCCCUGCCACCAGAACUGCACCCAGGGGUGUUCAGGUGCUGGACUGUCAUGGUGCAUCGGUGCUGCCACCACCUCCACGCUGGCGGUGGGCGUGGUUGGCGGGCUCCUGAUGGCGGUCAUCGUGUCGUUGGUUAUCUUUGUGUUGCUGCGGCGACGGAGAAUCAGGGAGAAGAGGACGACGCGCCGCCUGCUGCAGGAGAGAGAGCUGGUGGAGCCGUUGACUCCCAGCGGUGAGGCUCCUAAUCAGGCGCUGCUGAGGAUCCUGAAGGAGACGGAGUUAAAGAAAAUCCGAGUGCUCGGCUCCGGGGCCUUCGGGACCGUCUUCAAGGGUCUGUGGAUCCCUGAAGGAGAGAACGUGAGGAUCCCAGUAGCCAUUAAAGUUCUCCGAGAGGCCACGUCACCUAAAGCCAACAAAGAAAUCCUGGACGAGGCGUAUGUGAUGGCGAGCGUGGAUCACCCUCAUGUGUGUCGUCUGCUGGGGAUCUGCCUGACGUCGUCGGUCCAGCUGGUGACUCAGCUGAUGCCGUACGGCUGUCUGCUGGACUACGUCCGACACCACAGGGACCACGUCGGCGCCCAGUGGCUGCUGAACUGCUGCGUCCAGAUCGCCAAGGGCAUGGACUACCUGGAGGAGCGUCACCUGGUGCAUCGAGACCUGGCGGCGAGGAACGUCCUGGUGAAAACUCCCAACCACGUCAAGAUCACCGACUUCGGCCUCGCCAAGCUGCUGACAGCCGACGAGAAGGAAUACCACUCUGACGGAGGAAAGGUUCCCAUUAAGUGGAUGGCGUUGGAGUCGAUCCUACAGUGGACCUACACCCAUCAGAGUGAUGUCUGGAGCUUUGGUGUGACGGCGUGGGAGCUCAUGACGUUCGGGUCCAAGCCGUACGACGGCAUCCCGGCCAGCGAGAUGUCCUCGGUGCUGGAGAGAGGAGACCGGCUGCCCCAGCCCCCCAUCUGCACCAUCGACGUCUACAUGAUCAUGGUGAAAUGUUGGAUGAUCGACCCGUCCAGUCGUCCCCAGUUCAGAGAGCUGAUAAUGGAGUUCUCAAAGAUGGCCAGAGAUCCAUCCAGAUACCUGGUUGUGCAGGGCGACCUCCCCAGUCCGACAGACAGCAGGUUUUACUCUCGCCUGAUGAGCUCAGACGACAUGGAUGAUGUGGUCGACGCCGACGAGUACCUGCUACCUUACAAAGGAACGGGUCACCAUGACAACCGUCCCUGCAACGCCACGAACGGGCGUCCAGUCAGAGAGAACAGCGUCGCUCUGCGUUACAUCACAGAUCCCACUCACAACGUGCUGGAUAAAGAGGACUUCACCAGCCACGAGUACAUGAACCAGAGUCUGAGUGAAACCAGUCGGAGCAGCAGGCUGUCCGAGGUUUUGAAUCCCAACUACGAGGACUUGAGCCUGGGCUGGGGCGCCGCCUCGCUCCGCCCCCCUCUGGAGGACCUGAAGUCUUUGGGACCUGAGUACCUGAACACGGCCCAGAGCUCGCUCCCGGCAGCCAGCGACAGCCUGGACAACCCGGACUACCAGGCCGACUUCCUGCCGCGGCCCACGCCCUCCACCACCAACACCACCACUCUAACUAUGAACGCUCUGUUCCUGCCUGCGGCGGAGAACCUGGAGUACCUGGGUCUGGGUGCUGCACUGCACGCCCCCGUCCGCUAGGGGGCAGCAGCAUCAACUAGACGUGAAACCGAGCGUCACGGCGUUAUUUACCUGAGCUGCUUUUAUUGUAAAGUUCUGACUGAGCAGCAGCAUCUCUUUUGCAACACUGGAACACAACCUGCACGCUGAGCAUUGCUCAACGGCACUCAGGCAGCAGUUUCUGAGGAAGAGGAGAGCCAGUCUUUUAUUGCUGGGAUUCAAACCAACAUAACUCUGUUUCCUUGAACCUCUAAAUGGCUGCAAUCCCGUUUUUUUCAGAGCCGUUGAGACAAAACACUUCAGUUUCAGCAGAUCAGGGAUUUGAUUGGUCCAUCCAGGACGAGGACAGACACUAGAGACGAGGACAAAGUUUAAGAGGCACAGCAGCACAAUAAAUACCUGCGUUCUCCUCCACUCCACCUUUCCUUUGCAUCCCUCGCUCAUCAACAUUGUCAUGUAUUUCCUGGUCAACACUAAAAACAGGAGCUGUGAAAUCAGGACGUUGUGCACAGAGGUUUAAAAUGUGCAGACGACCCACCAAAGAAGAAGAAAUGAAAUGUUUCCUUGUCAUUAGCACGUUGUGAUUCAUCCUGAGCUCCUGAUACUAGAGGCUGUCAGGGGACAGUAUUCAGGAACACAUGAUCAGAACCAGCAGCACAGUGGCGCCCCCAGCUGGUGGUGUUCGGCUCUGCAGAUAAACUGAUUUACACUGUUAGACAUUUAAAAUAUCUCUGCUGAAAGAAAAGUCCUCUGUUUCUUGUUAGAACGUGAACAUUUCUCUUUGAACAAGAUAUUUCUCAUGUUAUUAACUUUUGUUUUUGGUGACACCAGGCAGCAUUUAAAGUCAGACAUGUAAUAAAUGGUUUAUAACAGACUCUAAAGCUGUCAUAAGCAGAUAUGAGGACAUAUUUCAUUUCAUUAUAUAAUCAUUCAUGAUCUGUUCAUACAUUAGCCUCCCCUUCAGUCUGUCCACAGGAGGAGUUAACGUUGAUGAUAUUAUAGUCUGUUAUAAAGCAUUUAUUACAUGUUCAUGUUUUUAUUUCCUGCUGUGGACAUUUUUAAAGUUUCUGCUCAGAUCAGUUUGUGUUUUUUGUCCAAAGAAGGCGAGUUUCUUCUGAUGCAGACAGCUGCACGCUGGAAUAACGGUGUAAAUAUUAUUAAUAUUAAAAUAUUAAGUGUGUUCACAUGUUGGAUGAAUAAGGAGCUUCUUGAACCAGGAGGAAAGGGUUUCAGGCUGUUUCACCACUUAAAUCACACAGAAAGGUAAAUCUCAUGGACACAAGUGGACGUUUGUGAAACGAGGAACAGCUUCUGUCAUCGUUUGUCCUGAAACACGGGGAGUUAAGCGUUGAUGAGUUUGUACUGAAGUGAGAAAUGUUGGUUCUUCUGCCUUUACUUGACGAGAAAAGCUGUGAUUGACUGUUACUGCACGCGGACUAUUAACCACCACGGCUUGUUUCCUGUUUGUCACUCAAAUGAACGGAAGCUGAGCCUCUGGCUGAGGAACGUUCUCCAGGUUCUCCAGGACGUUCAUCAUUCAUCUAAAGAGAAUAAACGUUUGUUCUCCAGGUUCUCCAGGACGUUCAUCAUUCAUCUAAAGAGAAGAAAUGUUGAGUCUCCUCUCGUUGCUUCACAUCUUUAAAAAGCUUUCUCAACGUUUUUUGCUUUUCACCUCACACAACAGGAAACACUCUUUUUACAGUUAUAUGUAUCUUUGAAUUCACAGCGUUUUGGAGUCGUUUUUUUGUGUUAAUUCAAGAUGUAAAUUAAAAUAUGGAAACAAACUUACUGUGGCAAUAUUUGCUAAAAUGUUGAAUCUGAAAGAAAUGUAUAAUUAAAUAACAAAAUAUUG